AUGCGCCAGCGCGUCCAACUCCCCUUUGCACUCAUUGUUUGUGGAGUUUGCGCACUCACUGUAUCCCUGCUUGUGCACAUCACCAGCGCGAUACAGUACUUACACUCACAGUCCUCACUUGGACAGACCCGUGUGGCCGAGUUUUCUAUCCCCAUACGCUAUGCUGCACUCUCCACGGUUAAAUCGCCUCGCUUGGGCCUUUACGCUUCGGAUGCGGAGUGGCGCUCUUUACUCCCGUCUGGUGAAGGCUUCCUGUACCUCCCGAGCGAUGGCGAGCAUUACCUCGUCUCACACUACCAUCAAUUGCACUGUCUGCGGUCUCUGCGGAUGUACUUCCUUAAGCAUGACAAUCUCUCCGAGGCCGACUGGGGCCACGUCGAUCAUUGUCUCAUAUAUUUGCACCAGAUGCUCCUGUGCAAUGUCGACCUCACCCUCGAGCCAGCUAAUCAUAAACAGUUGACACCUGACGGGAGGCUCACGAAUGCGGUAACAGGGAUAGAUGUCACGCAUCGCUGCAAAGAUUGGGCGCAGGUCAGAGGUUUCAUGGAGAGUAACUACGAGCAAUGGGGCGAUACUUACAAGACAGAAGGGACGUCACCGUAG